AAUAGAUCUCGGGUCACCCCCAAUGCUCCUGGGGAGGUGGGGCGCCUGCUCCAGUUCUGUCAAGUCCCUAAUUGGGUCAAGCUGCUGUAGGGAGGGGCGGAGGAUGCAGCUCCUGUCUCCCCUCCAUGCCGCCAGACACGUUCAGUGCCAGCCAGCCAAGUGCCAGUUUAAAUGUUAUGCCCCAACCACCAUCACCACCAUCCCAGAGUACAGGGUCAGGAUAGGUGGUGGCAGCGGCCUGGUGUGAACAGCUUAGGAAACCCCUCUAGUGGGCCCCCCAGUGGGGAAGACCCCAGAGACCCUGGGGGCCUUAGCAGCAGGGCUGGUGCCAGCCACGGGCACAGCCAUUGUUGGAGGCCAAGACAGCCAGCUGCCAAGCACCCGCCCGCAGCUGAGGCUGACAGUGUGUGAGCUGAGCUGGGACUUUCAGAAGGGAGAAUGAAGCUGCUGGAAGCAUAUCCCAAGGAUUUUCUGGGAGUCGCCUGUUGUUUGCAUUGGGUGGGGAGAUGGAGGAGGGAUGCCAGGGUCUACGAGAGGCUGUUACCUAACCCCGGGUGGCUACAACUCUGGGCCUUCCUGGGUGCCCCCACCUGUGCCCUUGAUCACCCCCCGUGCUGACUGGGUGUGUCAGCAUCUGCCUAGGGGAAAGAGGGAUUUGAGAUAUAAAAGGGCCUAGUUAAGACACCCCUAAUCCUUGGCUGUGCUCUGCCAGCUGGCAUCCACCCCGUCUCCUGUUAUGUUUCCUCUGCUAGCCCCGCCCCCUCAGCUACUGGGACAGGAAACCCCAGCAGCAGCAGGAUAUUAUCAGGCAGGGUCUAGAGUUUUCACUCCAGGAGGGGACCUGGAGCGGACUGGGGAAGGCCCUUCAAAUAAACAUCCAUGACCCCAGAAGCAGGCGCUGGCCUCUGGCCCUGCCCCCAUAGCAUAGGGCCUGAGGCCCAGCAGCACCCAAUGGAUGACAAGAAGAAGAAGAGGAGCCCCAAACCCUGCCUGACUCAGCCUGCCCAAGCCCCAGGCACGCUACGCAGGGUCCCUGUGCCCACCAGCCACAGCGGCUCCUUGGCCCUGGGACUCCCUCACCUGCCAUCCCCCAAGCAGCGGGCCAAGUUCAAAAGGGUAGGCAAGGAGAAAUGCCGCCCAGUGCUGGCCGGAGGUGGGGGCGGCUCUGUAGGCACUCCCCUGCAGCAUUCCUUCCUGACCGAGGUGACUGAUGUCUAUGAGAUGGAGGGGGGGCUGCUGAACCUGCUCAAUGACUUCCACUCAGGCCGGCUGCAGGCCUUCGGGAAGGAAUGCUCCUUCGAGCAGCUGGAGCACGUGCGAGAGAUGCAGGAGAAGCUGGCCCGGCUGCACUUCAGCCUGAAUGUGUGUGGGGAAGAGGAGGAGGAAGAGGAGGAAGAGGACGGUGUCACUGAGGGGUUGCCUGAGGAGCAAAAGAAGACGAUGGCUGACCGCAACCUGGACCAGCUGCUUAGCAAUCUGGAAGAUCUUAGCAAUUCUAUACAGAAGCUGCACCUGGCCGAGAACGCCGAGCCUGAGGAGCAGUCGGCGGUGUAGGUGGCACCCAGGCCGACUGCCCGCUCUCGUUCUUUCAAACUGUGACUUUUUACGGACUCGGGCGGGUAUUCCGCGGCCCUCCAGG